AUGACCAUCGUCGCGAUUUGUGUAGCUGCAGUGCCGGACGGCGAGAAAAGACGCAUAAAGGAGACGAGCGUGUUUUUCACUACAGCUGCAUGGAGUGUCUUCGCUUAUUUGUGGCUGAUCUUCAUCCUGCUCGGAGCCUCUCCCAACCGAAUCGAUAUCUGGGAAAGCUUGUUUACGUUGCUCUUCUACCCAGCUCUGGUGGUCAGUGCCUACCUGGUCAGUUUGAACGUGGCCAUCAAGUUUCGAUCUCUGUCCAAGUAUCGAGGUAAAAAGCAGCCGGUUGGUGCCGCUUUGAAGAAGCGCCCUGAGUCAGAUGACGAGGCGAACGAGAAGGAGAAGUUGAAGGAGAGCGAAAAGCUACACAACCUGAAAAAGGACAUCAUGCGUCUGAACCCUCAUUUGAACAUGGAUCAGGUAGCCACUCUUGUGGCACAAAAAAUGGAUGAUGAAAAACAGCACAACAGCCUGUGGUACAGGAUGAAUGCAGUCCGCGGCAUGUCUGCUUCGACACGCAAAGUAAUUCCCACAGCGCCAGCGGGGCCGGCAAAGGCCAGUUUUAGAAGUAGCCUAGGCAAUCUCGCGUUUGCCAGUUUCUUAAAUAACCUUCAUGCAGAUGGUAAUGACAGACACAUCGAAAGCCAAUCUUUAACCCUGAAACACCAACCGAUUUCAGGAGCAGACGAUGGCGUGAGGAUUGAGUUCGACACCUCGCUCUACGUGAUCAAUCCAAACGUUUAUCGUCGGGCGUACUUGAAAGUUGUUCGUCGAGGGAACGACCAAAAGGAGGUGCUGUUUCGCAUCCGCACGGUUAACGGCACUGCGCAAAGAAACGUCCAUUUCUUGGACAAAAAAGACUUCCUGUUCAUGAAGGCGGGCGAAACGGUGAAGCAGGUGGACGUCGAACUGCAAAACCCCGAGAAAUGGAAAUCAAUGAUGGCGUUUUGGGUAAAGAUCGAGGUUGACAGCGACAUGCUCAAGAAAAACGUGGAUGUCGGAAGGUGUCAUUCGACAAAACUGCUGUAUCCAAUACAGGUCGAAAAGGAAUCAACGGUCGAGUUCACAUUGACGCACAUCUCGGCCAUGGAGAGCGACGAAUUUGUCAGGGCAGUGGUCGUUCAAACAAGAGUAGACUGGAUCACUGAAGAUGGAACGGCGUUGCACGACCGCGAUUUCAUCGGAACCAGGGGCUGUCUGAUUUUCGAAGAAGGAGCCAUGGAAAAGUACGUGGAUAUCGCCUUGGUGAAUGACUUCGACGUCGAAAAGGACGAAACGUUCACUCUGAAGCUGACAGCUACCGAUCGUGGCAAGAUCGGCACCUGUAACAAGGUGAACGUGACCAUUCUGAACGACGACCAACUAAACAGACAGUUUGCCGAAUUCGAGGAAGUGGUACGAAGGAAACUUCACCAAUUAAAAUCUUAUACCCACAGCUGGAAAGACCAGUUUGUGAACGCCGCGUCGGUUAAUGGCGGGGACGUGGAGGAGGCGACGAUGGCCGACUGCAUAACUCACAUUAUUUCGUUCCCUUGGAAAGUGCUGUGUGCUUUGGUGCCGCCCCCGUGUCUUCUUGACGGAUGGCUAACGUUCGUUAUUAGUUUCAUAUUAAUCUGCAUCGUAACGGCGCUUAUCGGCGAAAUGGCUACCGUCUUUGGCUGUCUGGUUGGUAUUAAAGAAUCUGUGACGGCUAUCACGAUAGUUGUCAUCGGAACCAAGCUCCCUGACAUGUUUGCUUCCAGAGCAGCAGCCAUACAUGAGAAAACAGCCGACGGUGCGAUCGGCCACAUAACGGGCAGCGUGUCGGUAACCGUUUUCCUCGGCUUAGGCUUGCCGUGGUUCAUCUCCUCCAUCUACUGGGCUUGCUUGAAGCAACCGUUUAUCGUGCACACCGAUCACCUCGGCUUCCGUGUUCUGACCUACACCGUACUGUCGCUGUUCUGCAUCGCCGUGCUGGUCGCCAGACGCUACAUGAAAAUAUUCGGCAACGCCGAGCUUGGAGGACCCGUGAUCGCCAAGUGGCUGUCAGCCAUAUUUCUGUUCCUGCUGUGGCUGGUGUACGUGUUCAUGUCGGCGUUU